UUUUAAAAAAAAGUCCAGCACUUCAUACGUUACUAAGUCAUGUUAGAGUACAGAUGUGCUGUCGUUGGUAUUGUAUGUGUAUAAAUAGUAAAUAAAAUACGAAUUUCUGUUGCUACUUGUCGGAUAUACGGUGAUUAUCAGUAGGUUAACGCUUCCAAGUAUUUUCGGUGUAAAGAAAAGUGUUCGAAAUCAACAAAACUUUUUGUGUACAGUGAUUAUGUUAAGCUUUACUAUAAUUAAUGAAGGAUUUAUAACCAAACGGAUACCAUCAGCUUAAUUGGAAACCCAUUACUAAACGAAAAAGAUCGAAAUGUCUUCAACGAACAAAUCAAAUUUUCGCCGAGCCCAAAGCAAAGUCUGGUGGGGAAAUGGUGCAGAGAAUAAUCACUUUGGCUUUCCAUUACUACAACAAAUCACCAAAACCAGCAAAACAAAUGUAUCACCAGACAUAACCACGUCGUGGAGCUAUCGUCGCGGAAGUCCAGGCAGUCUUAAGAGUCAGGAUUCAGGAUUCUCCGAUAGUGACAACUCACCACCGACAAAUCAUCAUGGCUCUUCCCAUUCUAGUCCCACAUUACGCAAUCGUAACAACAAUCUCUCACUGACAACAUCACCAGAUAAAUUGACACCAAAGAAAACCGUCAACCAUCAAAUUAACACGGAAAUAUUCCAAAGAUCACCGUCGAUAUGCAGCGAACGUUCAACGCCACCGACAGUUAUUCGAAAAAAGUUGAACGUCGAUUUUACCAGUACAUCUCGACGUAUAUCGUUCAGUGCACCAAAUUCACCGAUUUACGAAAGGGUUGGUUCGCCAGACCUACUCGUACAGAUUGAUAGUCUAAACUACAGUUCAACAUCUCCAGUUUCCAAUCGGAAAGCAUUUUCUGAUAUAAAAAACAAAAAAUGUGAUAAGGACAGAUCAAUAAAGAGGGGUACAACGAUCACACGCUCGGAGGGAGUGAAUAGAAAGCUACUGAAAUGUGUUUCUCAAUUUUCGAUUGGAUCUGCAAGCGAUGUGUACCAGUUAUCGUCAAGUUCUGAUGAAAGUUUACAGUCAAAUACAAAUGGCAUCGAGAAUGAAGAGGAAAAUUCAAUGAUGAUGCAGAAAGCUUUACCGCAAACACCAAAGAGUAUACUUAAAGCGUCACCUAAGAAGUAUAACAAUGAAACCGUCGUAUUUGGGUGUGGAGAUUGCGAUAACAGUGUCAAUGAUCUGAAACCAGAAAAUCAGCCAACUGAACCAGCCUUGCCAACGUACGCUUCGUUAUUUCCAACCAAUACGUCGACACCAAAAACAAAGGAGCAGACAAGAUUCAAAACUCUUGAACGUCUUUCUCAACCAGAUCAUUCCCCUGAGUUCAUAGAUCUAUCGGCAACGAUGAACUGGGAAACCUGUACAUACAUUGAAUACACAAAUCCUUUACUUAACGGUCAUGCGUCAUCAGUUCACUAUUGGUUAGAUGAGAUACGAUCAACAUACUGUCAUGAAGUGCUAUCAACACUGCAGACCAAGUCUAUUGCCCAGGUUAUAACAAAAUCAGCGGCACUCAAUUCCGUGACGGCCGGCAAAAUUAUUCGCAGUGUUCAAACCAAAGCUGAAAAUCUUCAACGAGAUUUUGAAUGUGUGGAGCAACUGUUAAGUGGUAAUGCGUCACCUGAUGUGGUGACAAUCGUGUCCUCACUACUAGUCAAAUUAAACGAAAAUGUGAUGGACUUUGUUAGUCGACUGCGGACGAAAAAUAUUUUUGGAACGCCGAACGAUUCAACCUACGACCGAUUUGAGGAUAACAUCAGCUGUAUAACAGAAAUCACCUCGGAUUUGCAAGCAGUUGUCGAUAACAAAGCCGACGAUUUUGACUUCAAUAUUCUGUUCGAAGAAUUGCAAGUGUUGAAGCGAUAUCUGAUCAUUACAAUACAGUUAGUGUUUCUUAAGCUAAUCAAAGUCAUACUGAUCCGAAUCGAAACAACAAAAUGUGAUCUGAUUAUGCGCUCAAACCUGAGUUUGAUUUCCAUUCUAUCCAACACCGAAUUCAAACAGUUCGCAUCUCUAAACAAUGCGUUUAUUGAGUCGGAUGCAGUAAGACUUCUAUUAACAAUCUGCCUGGACUCAAAACUGUCCACCGUACGAACACUGGCCCUGCGUGCACUAGCCACAAUUUGUUCGACAAAAGAUACUAUCCGGCAAUUUCAGUCAAUCGGUGGAAUCGAUAUUCUCACUGAAAUAUUAACGGACGACACGACACAGGCAAAUCGAAUGGAUCCGGAGUACAGGGAGGCAUUAUCACUGUUGGCGCAAAUUACAGCUCCAUGGCAUGGAAAGACACAUACGAUUGAGGGACUUAAAUCAUGCGUGGAAAAGUUGGUCGAAAGAAUUUCGGAAAUCGUUACUGAUACAAUUUGUUGUCAGACGCUUCUGUUGUGCGCUGCAUGCCUGAACAAUCUGUCACGAAUUGAAACUACAUCAAUUUAUUCGCUAAUGUCUCAUGGAACGGUGCUGAAACUUAAACACGCCUGUCUAGCCAGAGGACCUGGUGCUUCCAUUUUUUUAAUCGAGCAAAUAGUCAACAUGUUGUACAAUAUGGCUUGCAACAGGAAGUGCCACAAGCAUUUGGCCAACAAACUAAUCAUCAGUUUUAUCACUGCAAUCUUCAAAACGCAGUUCUAUGGACGUUAUCGUACGCGCAACGAAAAUACGGCGUUAAAUCGGACAAUCAAAACGAUUCUGCACAUAUUCGCUAUGCUGAUACACGAGUCGUCCGUCGGGAAAGAAAUACUUGACAAUAAUAUUGUUCCUAUUUUCUCACAAAUUGAGGAAAAUUUAAGCCAAUCACCCGGACAUAAUUCGGCAGAGGUUUCGAGAAUAAUGAGACUUUUGAAUGAUAGUUUGACCAAUCGGUCGUUUGUUCGAUCUCAUAGCGAGAAUAGUGGCUGCAGAUUGAAACAGAAAUCAUUGCUGGAGAGCUAUGUGUGAUCUUUUGUGUAAAUUAACACUGAAAGAAGUAAGACAAGAAGAAAGAAAUAAUUUAUUGAAUUGUGCCAUUGAAAUCGUUGCUAUUUGUAAAAUUAAUUUAUUUUAGUAAUGUUCGGAAUUUUAAUAAACUAAAAUCAA